AUGUAUAUUUUAAGUGUUAUAGAAAAGGGAUACGGUAUUCCGUUUAAAGUACUUCCAGAAAAUGUUGUAUUGAGAAAUAAUAAAUCUGCUAGGGAUAACGGUGAAUUCGUUAUUGGUGAGAUUUUUAAAUUGACAGAAAAAGGUUGCAUUUCAGAAGUUAAUGAUAUACCUUUUGUGGUUAAUCCUUUAACGGUAGCUUUUAGUAGAUCAAAGAAGCCCCGUUUAGUUUUGGACUGUAGGCAUAUCAACGAAUGCAUACACCAGUUUAGGUUUAAAUUUGAAGAUGGUACAGUUGCAAGAGAAUUGUUUGGGAAAGGCAAUUUUUUGUUUAGAUAUGAUCUUAAAAGUGCAUAUCACCAUUUGGAAAUAUUAGAGGAACAUAGAACUUAUUUAGGUUUCAGUUGGGAUUUCAAUGGUAUAACAAAGAACUUUGCAUUUAAUGUUCUUCCUUUUGGUCUGGCCAGUGCGGGUCAUAUUUUUACCAAAGUUCUUAAGGAAGUGAUAAAAUACUGGAGAAAUCAGGGGUUGAAGAUAAUAAUGUAUCUUGAUGAUGGGCUUGGAGGUGCACAUGAUUUUCAAUCAGCUGAAAGAGCUAGCUCGUAUAUAAGAUCUAGUUUGUCUGAAUUUGGUUUUUUAAUAGCUGAAGAAAAAUGUGUUUGGUAUCCGCAGCAAAAUAUGACCUGGAUAGGUUUGGUAUGGGAUAUGGAGUUCGGGGAACUUAGAGUUUCCAGUGAACGUAUUGACAGAUUAGUUGAUGUUAUCAGUAAAAUACUUUUCUGUGUCGGAAAAGGUAAAAUGUUGCACAGUGCAAAGUUUGUUGCCGGAAUUGUUGGCCAAAUUAUAUCAAUGCAAGCUGUGUUAGGUAAUCUAGUUAGGCUUAGAACUAGAGAAUUGUAUAACUGUAUACUAUUAAGGGCAAGUUGGAAGUCACUUGUCGCUCUGACAGCCCCGCCUGUCGAGGAGCUCAGAUACUGGUUAAAUUCAGUAACACAGUUAAAUGAGCAAGGUAAUGAUCUGCAUGAGUCAGAUGUAUGUGAUUUGGUGGCGUUUACUGAUGCCUCAGAAGUAGGUUUUGGGGGUUAUAUUGUGCCCGCAGUUGAUGGCAUAUGUGCCGAGUCGGUCUGUGACUCGUUAGAAAUUCUGACUGACUGUGGUCUAGAAUUACCAGGUAACAGUUUGAAUACUGUAGUAGGAAGUUGGACAGUAUUGGAAAGUGGUAAAAGUUCAACAUGGCGUGAACUUGAAGCAGUAAGCAGAACAGUGAAAAGUUCGUUAAGAUGUUUAGAAAACCAUUGUUUAAAAUUGAAUACAGACAAUAAGAAUGUAACUAGUAUAGUUAAAAAUGGUAGCAAAAAACCGGAACUGCAAAACAUUGCUUGUGAGCUAAAUUAUUUAUGUUCAGAGAACAAUAUAAAAAUUAAACCACAUUGGAUUCCAAGAGAACAAAAUAAAAUUGCUGAUGGUCUGAGUAGAUAUUCAGAUUGCGACGACUGGGGUAUUAAAGAAUCUGUAUUUCAAAUGUUAGAUAAGUUAUGGGGUAAACAUACAAUAGACAUAUUUGCUACAGAUUACAACACUAAAUGUUCGAGAUUUAAUUCUAAAUGUUGGUGUAAGAAUACAGAAGAAAUUGAUGCAUUCUCACAAAAUUGGUUUGGUGAAAACAAUUGGUUAGUACCACCACCAAAUGUUGUUUGGUUAACGCUUGGAUGUUUUGUAACAGAAGCCAUGGAGGAUAGUGGUAUCGGAGAGGAUCAUCCUUUACAUGAUUUGGUGGAGAGUUUUUCGUUGAGACUGCUUGAUUCCAGGAGUGACAGUACUGUUAGAAAAUAUAACUAUGCUUUUAAAAAAUGGAAAGCAUUUUCGCAUGAACAUAAUUUGACUUAUUUGCCAGCAUCGCCUAUUCAUGUUUCCUUAUAUUUAGUUCAUUUGCUUGAUUCAGGUGCUACAUACAGUACUAUCAAUAGUGUUUUUUAUUCCAUUAAAUGGGCCCAUGACAUGUCAGGUCAGUUAGAUCCUACAGAGAAUUCUUUUGUAAAAAACAUAGUUGAAUCAGCUAAACGUACUGCUAAAGCUCCAGUUGUAAAGAAAGAUCCUGUCUCCAAUGACAAUUUGAUAAGUUUAUGUUCUAUGUUUCAAGGGUCGAAUGAUUUAACAGUAGUUAGGGAUCUGGCUAUGAUUUUAUUGAGUUAUAGUGCUUUUCUUAGAUUUAGUGAGUUGAGUAAUCUGAAAUGUAACGACAUUAUUUUUAAGGAUAGUUAUUUAGUUGUAAAGAUUAAAAAGAGCAAAACUGACCAAUAUAGAGCUGGAGAUGAAGUUUUGGUUUCUAAAGGUCAAUCAAUGGCUUGUCCCUUUGACAUGUUAUUAAAGUAUGUUGGAAUGGCGCAUUUAGAUAUUUUUUCAGACAAGUAUUUGUUUCGUCCAUUGUAUAAAUCUAAGAACAAGUCUGGUUUAAUUCAGGUUAAUAAACCGAUCAGCUAUAGCACGGCUAGAGAAUGCAUACUGAAGCGUUUGAAAUUAGUUGCUCCAGAGUUAAACCUUGGUUUGCACUCUUUGAGGUCUGGUGGUGCCACUUCGGCGGCUAACUCUGACGUUAACGAAAGGUGCUGGAAGCGCCAUGGUAGAUGGAAAAGCGAUUCUAGUAAGGAUGGUUAUGUGGCUGAUUCUAUUGAAAACAGAUUAAAAGUGUCGAAGAAAUUAGGUUUAUGA